AUGGAGGAUGAUAGGAGGGCACCGUCCCCAGAUCCUAGCUACCGAUCCGAGUCCCCGGAUACACCACGCUCUAGGGCAGGUAGCGCGGAUCUAGCUGGAGUGUACCAGCUGAUGGCGCAGCUCCUCCAGCAGCAGCAGCAGAUACAGCUAGCUACCAUACAACCAACCAGCUCUUACUAUGAGAGGUUCCAACGAUUGCACCCACCAGUAUUUGAUGGUGGACCGGACCCGAUAGCGGCCGAGACAUGGAUUCGGGAUAUGGAGAAGAUGUUCCAAGCACUCCAGUUCCCCGAAGAAACGAAGGUCCGACUAGCCAUUCCCCAGCUGAAGAGAAGCGCCGAGUUUUGGUGGACGACCAUGGAGCCCGCAUACCCCGCCAGCAGGAUAACCUGGAGGGACUUCACGAGGCUGUUCUAUACAAAGUAUUUCCCGAACUCGAUGAGCCAGAUGAAACAAGAUGAAUUUUUGACACUGACGCAAUCCGAGCAGAUGUCUGUCCUACAGUAUGCCAGCAAAUUCAACGAACUGGGCCGGUUCUGCCCCCAGUUCAUGGACAAUGAAAGGAGUAAGGCAAGCCGGUUUGAGCAGGGGCUGAGGUACAGGAUCAGAUCCCGGAUAUCUUCUCACCUAUUCACUUGCUACAGAGACAUGCUGGACCGAGCCUUGAAGGUUGAGGCCGACUUGAUGAGGCCUGACUUGGAAAGAAAUGAUCUGAUGAAGGCCAGGCCAGCAGGAGGACAGAGCAGUAGGCCCAAGGGCAUCAAGGGGUCUAUGAUUAAGAAAAGACAGAACCGAGGUUGCCCUAGCUGCGGCAAGCAUCACAGUGGGCCCUGUCUGAAGAAAAUUGGGGCUUGUUUUACAUGCGGGCAACUCGGACAUAUGGCACAUGACUGCCCAAAGAGGGCACCCAGACCUCCUGCAACCGAGGGCCAGAAGCCAAGUAACACCCCCCGAGUAUUCGCACUGACUCGCCAGGACGCCAGUGCGAGCGACCAAGUGGUGACAGGUACACUGCCAGUUAAUUUGAUUGAUGCCUCUAUUCUAUUUGAUUUUGGUUCCACACAUUCCUUCGUGUCAGUUAGUUUUUCCAAACAGUUGCACUGCACAUCUGAGAAAAUAGAACCAUUGCAUGUUGCCACACCCCUUCAAGAGACAGUGAUAGUUGACACUAAAUACAAAAACUGCAUAAUUCAGUUGGGAGGAAAAGAAUUAGAAGCAAAUUUUCUACAGCUGGACAUGCAUGAUUUUGACAUCAUUUUGGGGAUGGAUUGGAUGUCCCAGUAUCAUGCCCAUAUUGAUUGUUACCAUAAGAAAGUGGUAUUCCGGAUGCCAGGGGAACCAAAAUUCUUCUUUCAGAAUGACGAUACACCCCCUCAAUGUAAGCCGACACUGCAUUUCAUUUCUGCCUUGCGAGCCGUUAGAGCACUCAGAAAGGGGUGCACGGCUUACCUGGCAUGUGUCACGGAUACCCAAAAGAAAAUCAAACUAGAAGAUAUUCCAGUAGUCAGAGAAUAUCCGGAUGUUUUUUCUGAAGAGUUACCGGGACUACCCCCUGAUCGAGAGGUCGAAUUCACUAUAGACCUCACCCCUGGAGCAGGACCUAUCUCCAAGGCUCCUUAUCGAAUGGCCCCUGCUGAGCUCAGAGAAUUGAAGACACAAUUAUAA